GAGACGUCGAAAAAUUUACGUAGUUAAUCUUUGGUGCUGUUACCAGAUUUCUUCUACUGAUUAUAGUGCCAUAUUUUAUUGCAUUCCGUUUUCGCGCCCUUAAUUUCAAACUCUUUUAACCGAAUUAGAUUUUAAAAUGCCUGGACCAUCAAGGCCUUUGUGGCAAGUUGCUGGAAAACGUGAUCCUGAACAAGAAAGGGAAGCUCAAGCAUGGAUUGAAUCGGUCAUUGGCGAAAGAUUUCCACCAAUGCCUUAUGAAUUUGCAUUGAGGGAUGGCAUCAUCCUUUGUAAACUCAUGAACAGGCUACAACCUGGAAUUAUUUCAAAAAUUAACACAUCUGGAGGAGAUUACAAAAUGAUGGAUAACCUUAGCCAGUUUCAAAAAGCUUGUGUAAAAUAUGGAGUACCAGAUGUGGACCUUUUCCAAACUACUGAUCUCUGGGACCAGAAGAAUAUCGCUUUGGUAACCACCACUAUCUUUGCCAUCGGGCGCACCUGUUAUAAGCACCCAGAAUGGAGGGGUCCCUUCUUAGGGCCAAGACCUUCAGAAGAAAACAAACGUGAUUUCUCAGAAAGUCAGCUAAGAGCUAGUGAAGGAAUUAUUGGUCUACAAGCUGGAUCAAAUAAAGGUGCAACCCAAGCUGGCCAAAACUUUGGUGCUUCUAGAAAGAUUAUCCUGGGAAAAUAGGCAAGGAGGCGCCUAAGAUUAAAAUAAAUAUCAUUAUUUAUAUAUUUUUUAAACAAGGCAUUCAAAAAAAGAUCAAACAAAACUUUAUUAAAAUAAUAUUAUAAAUAAUAAAUACAGGUUAAAUCCAACUGAAAAUUAGGUGAACAAAUUAAAAACCGGUAAAGCAAUUGAAACAAUAUUUAUGUUUAAAUAUAAAAUAGAUUUAUUUUUUUAGACAUUUUAA